ACAAACAGAAGGAAAGGUCCAACUUAGGCAGUUCCCUUAUGAAGACCUGAACCCUAAAAUAAGCGUCCAAUCCUAUUAUUUUCCGUCCGCACCUUUUCACACAAACCGGAGCUCGCCGCUUUAAGCUAAGGUAUCUCAAGCAUGGGAACUCCGGAGGCUGCUACAGCUUCCUUAGGACCCCGUUAUGCACCUGAUGAUCCAACUUUACCCCAACCUUGGAAGGGCUUAGUUGAUGGUAGUACUGGGUUGUUGUACUAUUGGAAUCCAGAAACUAAUGUUACCCAGUAUGAGAAGCCAUCGGCUUUACCUCCUCCACUGCCUCCUGGUCCACCUCCUGAAGAUUCUACACCUAAGUUGGCUCCAAUUCCAGGAGCUAGCACAGUGCAACAAACCGAUAGUCAAGGCCAACAGAGUCAGCAGGCCUUUGCUCAACAAGGCCAACAAAUGAUACACAUGUCACAACAUCCCUAUGUAAUGCAACCACAUGGAUCGCAAGGUGUUUCAACAGGGCAGCAACAAGAAUUAGCUGGUCCUGUCAUGCAACAGGUAUCCUUUAUGCCGCAACUUCGGUCUCAAAUGAUCCAGCAGCCUGGUCAUCAGAUGCCUUCUCAAAUGGGACAAACUCCUAAUCAGCCAGGGCCACAUGUUUCUCAUUCAUCAAUGCAACAAAUAACGCCCCAGCCACUUGGCUCCCAAGCACAAGCAUUCCCAAGUGUACAAAUGGGACUGCCACAUGGUUAUCAAUUUUCUCAUCACCAGGCACAACAUGUUGCGUAUCCACAAAAUUUUCCUCCACAGGGACAGCAAAUUCCACCGCAGCAAAAUCAGCGUGUUCCACGGAAUAAUAAACAGUUCUCCCAUCAACAAGAGCAUAAAGUGGGAUUUCAACAAAGGGAAGAUGUUGAUUUCCCCCAAGGGAAACAAGUUGAGUUUUCGCCCCAGCAAUUUCAGCAAACUGGUGCAUCAUCUGCUCAGAAUCUGCCUGUAGGGACUGGUUCUGUUAUCAGGCCUCAGAUGUCUGCUCAGCGUGCUCAAGCUUUGCAGUUUGGCGAUUCUUCUGUAAAUAUUCAACAACCAUCAUCUUUGGGUCAAUGGCAGCAAAAUACAAAUGAUCCUGGUCACAAGCCGCCUGGUCCACAUUUUCCCGAUCAGAUGGGAUCAAGUACCACACAUGGUCACGAUAUGGACACCCCCCCAGUUGGAUCAAAGGGUUAUGAGGAAAACCCACUUGGAAGGGGAGGAAAUGAUUAUUAUUACAACAGUAACAUGGAUGGUCGAAUUAGGCCUCCACCUCAGCACCCCAAGCUUGCAGCUAUACCUGUAGCAAGAAAUCAACAUGAAAUGAGGGCGGGUGAUCCUCCUCUUCAAAAUCCAGUACCAGCACUUCCUAGUGGGUUCAAUAGCAUGGGUGGCACUCCAAUGCCAAAUAUGUAUGGUCAAGCAGCUGGUGGCUCUCCAUUUCGAAAUCCUAACCUCAUGCGGCCACCUGGAGCACUCACAGGACCUCCAGGAGCCAUUCACCAAUCGUCCGUUGAGAUUUACCUCCAGAAGCAUGAAGUAACUGCAACAGGUGGUGAUGUCCCUGCUCCAUUCAUGACAUUUGAAGAUACUGGGUUCCCACCAGAAAUACUGAGAGAGAUUCAGUUUGCGGGAUUCACUUCACCCACUCCCAUUCAGGCACAAACAUGGCCUAUAGCUCUGCAAAAUAGGGAUAUAGUGGCCAUUGCGAAGACAGGUUCUGGCAAAACAUUGGGCUAUCUAAUUCCUGCAUUUGUCCACCUUAAACUACGGCGCAAUAAUCCUCAAAAUGGCCCAACUGUGGUGGUUUUAUCUCCAACCCGAGAGCUUGCCACACAAAUACAAGACGAAGCACUGAAGUUUGGUCGAUCUGCCAGGGUUUCUUGCACGUGCUUGUAUGGAGGUGCACCUAAAGUUCACCAGUUGAAAGAAUUAGAGCGCGGAACAGAUAUUGUUGUUGCAACUCCUGGUCGGCUGAAUGACAUCCUUGAAAUGAAAAGAAUUGACUUUAGGCAGGUUUCUCUUCUUGUUCUAGAUGAGGCUGAUCGAAUGCUUGACAUGGGUUUUGAACCUCAGAUCCGCAAGAUUGUAAAUGAGAUACCCCCACAAAGACAAACACUUAUGUACACAGCUACAUGGCCGAAAGAAGUGCGAAAAAUAGCUGGUGAUCUUCUUCGAAAUCCUGUCCAGGUUAAUAUUGGGAAUGUUGAUCAGCUUGCAGCAAACAAGUCUAUCACACAGUACAUUGAAGUGGUCCCGCAAAUGGAGAAGCAGAGACGGUUAGAACAGAUUCUUAGAUCACAAGAAAGGGGAGCUAAAGCUAUUAUAUUCUGUUCCACAAAGAAGUUGUGCGACCAACUUGCACGCAGCAUUGGUCGAAGCUUUGGAGCUGCAGCUAUUCACGGAGACAAGUCCCAGGGUGAGAGGGACUGGGUUCUCAAUCAAUUUCGCUCUGGUAAGACGCCAAUUUUAGUAGCAACUGAUGUUGCUGCUAGAGGACUGGACAUACCUGAUAUAAGAGUAGUGAUCAACUAUGAUUUUCCGACUGGGAUUGAGGAUUAUGUUCACCGAAUUGGAAGAACUGGUAGGGCUGGUGCAACUGGUGUUUCAUACACCUUUUUAUCUGAUCAGGACUGGAAAUAUGCUCCUGAUCUUGUUAAAGUUCUGCAAGGUGCAAAUCAGCAAGUGCCUCCCGAUGUGAGAGAGAUGGCUUUACGUGCUGGUGGCUGGGAUAGAGGUGGCGUGAACCGUUCUGAUCUUGUUAAUGGUGAUGGUGCCCGUACACGUUGGGAUUCUGGUGGCCGUGGUGGGAUGAGGGAUGUUGCGUUUGGUGGCCGUGGUGGUAUGAGGGAUGGUGGGUUUGGUGGUCGUGGUGGGAUGAGGGAUGGUGGGUUUGGUGGCCCUAGUGGGAUGAGGGAUGGUGGGUUUGGUGGCCGGGGUAGGAGAGAUGGUCACUUUGGUGGCCGUGGUGGGAUGAGGGAUAACCAUUUUGGUGGCCGUGGUGGUAGGGGUGGUGCUCAUAGUGGUUGGGACAGGAAUGUUCGGUAUGACAAUCCAGAUGUGCGAGCACAUGGGAGAGGUCGUGGGCGUGGAUGGUUUGACAAUAGAAGAGACAUGCCAAGUCGAGGUCGAGGAAGAAGUUGCAGCCCUAGUCCUGAGAGGGUUCGAACAUGGGGUAGUAGAAGUAGAAGCAGGAGCAGGAGUCGCAGCAGAAGCAGAAGUUACAGCAGGAGUUACAGCCGAAGCCGGAGCCACAGCUAUAGCCCAAGGCGUAGUCGUAGCCUUAGCCGCAGCCACAGCCGUAGUGGUGAUAGAUAUCAAAGGAGGCCUCGCCAAAGUAAGUUUGAUCAGAUGGCACCAGAUCCAGGAAUGUCGAGGGUUCAGGUUGCUCCUCCAUCCGUGAUGCAUCCACUGCCUGUAGGUGCACCAGUUGAUGGAUUUUCUGGAGCUGCGUCAGUGGAAUCCAAACCAAAUAUGGAGGUAGCCCCAGAAUCUGCUAUGUCGCCUGUGUCUACAGGAACACGAGGAAAUGGCUUCCCAGUAUCUGAGGUCAUAGAGCAGAACCCUUGAAUUGGACGCUCCACUCUGAUGCUAGCAAUGCAUAUCUACAGCCUUAGGGGAGGUGUGGCGGAGUAACUGUGAAUGGGUGCUCUCUAUAUAUUUAUCUAUGUUUGAGAGAUGUUGAGUUUGAUUGUGAAAUGGAUAUUUUGCUGCAGCCAUAUGCAUGUGCAAAGGACUUAACUAUGCCUGGUAGCCUAAUAUUUUCCAGGGCGGAGGAAUGUUGAUGGUGGACACAGAGACGUUCAUGCUUGUAUCUUGGGUCUAGUUUUUAUAGUUACCAACUUUCACAAUUCUGCUCACUCACAUCUCCAGACUACUUUGAGUGAGGACCUUUUUCCAUCAUUAAUUUUUGUUUUGGAGGGGAUGGGGGUGGCGUUGUGUAUGGUUUAGAUGAUCAUAUCUUUAAUUGUUGUCACAAUCAAUUUUACCUAGUAUCAACUCAAUCGAGUUAUCAUUUCUAAAACCGGAAACAAUUGGGAUAUGGUUGCUGAUAUUUUGCAUUUUGUUCUUCCA